AUGAGUGCGCUCACCGAGGCCAUGACGAAGGGCAUCGUGAAGAACCCGGAGGUUUACCCUAACCUCACCGCGGCCUCCAGCUUCGCGGAGUUCCAGGCCAACCUGCACAGCCGCUCGAGGGGCAGCUGCAAGAUGCCCUGCGCCCCUGCGGUGCCAGCGGCCGCGCCGGCCGCCAAGGAGGCGCGGAGCGCGGACGACGAGCCUCCCCCCGCGGAGCCCGGGUGCUACCUGCGCACGCCCUCCGGAUGCCCCAACCACCCCGCCAAGGAGACGACGUGGCGCCACGACGUGGUUGCGGAGGGGCGGGCGGACCUCGACGAUGUUGGGUGCACGGAGCGCAAGGAGCGGUGGGACGACUACUGCGGCACGAGCGACGUGAGGAUGGUGUACGUCCCCGCCGUCGCCCUGGUGGUGGACGGCACGAAGGCUUGACCAGCAAGGGCCCCGCGGCGGGCGGCGCCUGGCCGGCGGCGCCGCGCGGCCUGCGGAGAGGUGAGCGCGGCGGCCAGCGGCGGGUAGCGGUGCAGACACGUCCUGCCCCAUGCUCGUCUGCGCUGUCUGCGUUGUGGGGCUGGUUCGCCCACCUGCCGGCAUGCGCGCGUGCCUUUGGCAGCUGUUCGAGCGACGCGUCCUGAGACAGCUUGGCUGCGAGGCACCUGCUAGGCUUAGCCACCAAGCACCUCUCAGCGCCCGCUCGGCAGCUCUGGCGCUUGCGUCUUGCGUCGAAGAAGACUGGUUCUCUCUCCCUGCUCUUUGGCACGAUUUCGGAUGCGCGGCGUGCCUGCGCAUUUUGCGGAGAGA